AUGGCAUUUGCACCUCCCAAAAACAUGGAUGGCCCCAAACUGCAAACCAAGAUGAGCACCUGGACACCUCUGAACCAUCAGCUUAUGAAUGACAAGGUAUUUGAAGAAAGAAGAGCCUUGCUUGGAAAAUGGUUUGACAAGUGGACAGAUGGUCAGAGGCGAAGGAUCCUGAUAGAUUUGUUGGAACGCUGCUCCCUGGCGCAGCAGAAAUUCUGUUCUAAGCAGUUGCAGGACCGAGUUCCAGUUGAAGCCCUGGAUUUCACCACAAAGCUUCCCAGAGUGUUGUCUUUAUACAUUUUUUCUUUCCUGGACCCCAGGAGUCUCUGUCGAUGUGCACAGGUGAGCUGGCACUGGAAGUACUUGACGGAGCUGGAUCAGCUCUGGAUGCUUAAGUGCCUGCGUUUUGGCUGGUACAUCAACUUCUCUCCGACUCCCUUUGAGCAGGGAAUCUGGAAGAAACACUACAUUGAGAUGGUGAAGGAGCUUCAUGUGACAAGGCCCAAGACCCCUCCAAAAGAUGAAUUUGUGGUCAUCGAUGUCCAGCCAAUAGCAAGAGACGUUCCAGAGACAAAACUAUCCCUUUCCUCGGUUCUCCAAUCAGCAUCUGUGAUAGGAAAGAGGACAGACAAGGAGAAAAAAGAGCUCCCACCAUGGCGGUCCUCGGAUAAACAUCCCACUGACAUUGUCCGAUUCAACUACCUAGACAACUACGAUCCGAUCGAGCAAGUGAGGCAGGCUAGAAAGAAAGGAGGAGGACUUACCCCAGACCUCAGCCGGCAAGCAGUUGAGAAAAAAAGGAAACCGAGCUGUGCAUCUUAUAAGCUUCGGAAAGCAAAAUCACUGCACUCCGCGGCUGAAUCACCCAGAACACAGGAGUGCAGAAACAAGGGACUGUCACUGUCCCUAUCUGCAGACCUUGGCUCUAGCCCAAAAGGACCAGUUCGCCCAAGUUGGGCUACUCACCAAUCAACAGGGUACCCUGUUACCAAAGCAACAGCUAAGAUCCUAGCUCAAAGUGCCCAGUGGAAUGCUGGGAUACGACCAACCCCUGUUCGAGCUCCAGUACCAAAGCUGAGUGAAAGAGGGAAGAAGGCCUUUGCAAGGAUGAGCAGAAGUUCUCCAUCAUCCCCACUGUUUGAAGCUCAGCCCUGGCAAAUUCCUCCAUCGGACCAUGGAUCUGACGCAGAGUGAGGGAGUGAAGUUUCAGUGCAAUUCAUCCCAGUCAAACCGGCUCAUCUGCCCAGCUUUCAGAAGAUGCCGAUCACGUCCCCUGAGUUACCGUGAAGAACGGAUGUUACUGACAUUUAAGAAUCAUGCUCAAAGUCUCAAGGAUCCAGCUCCAUUUUUUUAUAUCACUUGUCACAAUAAGAGACUUCCCCCCGACCCUCACUGAACUCACUAUACAAUGCGGAGAAACAGGCAUGGAGACCCUGAGGGAGAUUUACUAGUAUAGCUCUGGGCUAACUGCAUUGCAGCCAGUUUACACGGAAGGUUUUUGGGGCAGGGACUAUCUUUUACUAUG